AUGCUACACGGCCAAUAUCCGGUUUCAGUCAAAGAUCAGGGGAUUCCAGCAUCUGACUGUGCUGGAAAGGUAAUUGCUUUAGGAUCAGCUGUCAGCAAAGUAUCAUUGAGAGAUCGUGUGUCGCCGAUUUUUGAUUUGAGGUAUAUCGAUGUCAUAGAUGCCGAAAACAAGGUUGCCCAACUAGGCGGAAACGUCGAUGGGGUACUUCGCCAGUAUGCAGUGUUCGAUGAGAAUGCGCUUGUUCGUAUUCCACAACAUCUUUCUUGGGCUGAGGACCAAAUCUCUCCCGGUGGUAUAAAAUUCCUGAAGGAGCUAAUCCUCAAAUUGUAUGCAGGAACUGGAGGCGUCAGUUUGUUCGCAUUGUUGAUCUGUCUUGGCGCCGGCAUUCGUCCAAUAAUUACAUCAUCUUCGAAUAAAAAACUACAGGACGUUACAGCCUUCGCUUCAGAUGGUGUUGUUGACACGGUCAAUUAUCGUGAAUAUCCAAAUUGGGAAGAAAAGGUCAUUCAGUUGACCCAUGGCAAAGGGGUCGACACCGUACUCGAAACUGUUGGGGAUACGAGUAUGCAAAAGAGUAUCACCUCCAUGUCUACCCGCGGUCAGAUAUCUUGGAUUGGGUUCCUGGGGGGACUACAACUUGACAACUCUGUAAAACCUUUGGGGGAGCUUUUCUUGAAAGUCGGUACAUUGAAGGCGAUUCAAGUUGGCUCGAAGAUCGACCAAGAGAACCUCUGCCAUUUUCUAGAGGAAAAUCAUGUGUCCUUGAAACCGAUAAUAGGCAAAACGUUUGAUUUCACUGAAUCACCCGCGGCUUUCGAUUUUCUCUACUCUGGGCAAUGCCUCGGAAAAGUUGUUAUCACAGUGUCACAUUGA